AUGAGCGAGCAGACGUUGAGGGGAUGCUUUUACCGGGACUGCACGCUGUACGUCGGCGAGUAUAUCCUAGAAGACGAACCCAGCCAUGAUGAAGCGCUUGCCGAGAGUGGGUCCACUUUCAAUAAAGAGAAAAAUGGGAGCAAAAAGGGGGAUACAAAUGGGAACCCACAUGGGGAAACCAAUGAUGACGCGGGAAAAGGCAUGACCAUUGUGAAUAACGCCAUUGACAAUGACGCCGCUGCCAAUAACGCCUCUGCCGACAACUCGGGACCGGAAGGGCCCCCCGGGAAAGGCAUAAUGUUUCAUGGCCAGGGAAAGUACAUCAGAGCGAACGAAAUGUUUGUAGGGCAUUUCCAAAACGGCAAUUACAGAAAAGGCAUAUGGAUAAAGUACAAAAAUAUUCACAACUUAUUUUACUACAUGAAUAUCCACCAUGCCCUGUCUAGGGAUAAGGACUCCAUCAAGCAAGGGUCUACACCGAACAUAAAAAAUUUAUUAUAUGUACCCCUGAAGGAGGUCAAUAUAUACAUAGGAGAGUUUUACAAUAACAUGUUUAAUGGUUUUGGCGUGUACUACUUUUAUCCGUUCCUGUAUGUCGGGUACUUCAUAAACAAUACCAUGAAUGGCUACGGCUACAUGUUUUGCGUUAACUCCGUUGGGGAAACUUUUGGGGAGGAGGCAACAGAGGAAGACAACACAAGGAGCACUACUAACAAUUUGUUCGACUUCUUAUUCGUGCGAAGUGAAAAAAGGGGGAUUAGGAACAGGUCUGCUGAAAAAGGAAAGGGAGAAAAGGACAACAAGGCCGUUGUGCAAACUAGGGAAAGUAAGAAUCGCGGUGGGGAGACAAUCGAGGAAGAAACAUCCAACGCAGGGGGCCCGCUCCUUAGGGUGUAUGAAAAGCUAGAGAAGAUUAUGGAGGGGGAAGCUGUCCUUGGGGAAGAAGCGAAGAAGGUUGAGAAACCUCCGCUCUAUGACCACUUGGGAAGCGCCCACCGCACGGGGAACCUUUUGGAGAAACUCAAAAGAGACGUUUUCAAAAACUUCAAACUGCAGAUGCGCAGAAAAAACAAAGUGAAAAAAAUAAAAAAGUUCCUUCACCAAAAUGAGAGGGAAAACAUUUUUGAUAUUUUCAAACUUAUAUCAUAUGAGCACCUACUCUACCAAGGCUACUUCCAUGAGAACAAUUUUUUGUCCACCUCAGAUGAGCAGAUUCUACACAGGAGUUUGUUCCUCCAGAUGUAUGUCGACAUGAUCAUCGAAAAGGUGAACUCGUUUAGAAGAAACUUGGUUGAGGGGGUGGACCCCCAAGACCUUUGCAUAAAUGGGGAGAACGUUUUGUACGUGCUGGAAAGGAAGAAGAAAACUCCAGAGGGGGAAGAGAGGGCACACGGGGUCUCAAUUGUUGGUGCGGGUGCCAUUACAAAUGUCGUUGCAAAUUCCAGUGCGGACACGCGAAAUGACGCCGCAAAUAACAAGCGCAGCGAUGUACGUGAGGAAACUAAGGAGAGUGCCUCUCGCGAGGACGCAUGCAAUGCCAGUGUGUGUAGCCCCGAUGUAAAUGAAGGAAUUCCCCCCGGAGGUAGCACCCCUAAUGCAAGUUUAUCAAAUGAACACUACAGAGACAUCAUAGACCUGAACCUUCUCAAACGCAUGUUCGGAGCCACGGCAGACGACAACGUGGACUACUCAGUAGAGGUAGUGACGGAUAAGAAGCUCCUAAAAUAUAAAAAUACAUUUGCAGGAUUAAAAACAGAAAAGGAGAAAAACCACCUAGAUAAAGCUUCACUAAAUUUAAACGGGCAUUACCAACUGGUCGUUGUCAAUAUCAAGUGUAGGGAUGACACCUCCUUCAGCUUAAAUAUAAACCAAUGUAAUAUUCAAAACAUUUACAAAAUAAAAAUGUUUUUAAUUUCUUCUACCCAAUCGUCCAUAAUUAUGUACAACAAGUUUUUCCUUUAUUACAUUUAUGUGUACGUUAAAAAUUCUGAUACGAAAGGUAAAGGGAAAGUGAGGAAGAAGAAGGGUUAG